UUCAAAUUUUCAACCUUCUUUCUCUCUGUUAAAAAAUUAACAGACUGUGCUUCAUUGAACAAGAUCUCGGGAGGAAAAGUUUAAACUUAUUCCUCUUCAAUGUCGUAGGUUAGAUUCAUGAAUAAAUUCAAAAUGAAAGUUGGUGGAAUUUCCAUAUCCACCCCAAAGCUAUCCCUGCCUAUCAAUCUCCAUUGUAAAACAGCUGCAUAUUAUCCAUUCCGCAGAUCAAAAUCAACAACGUCUCGCAGAACACCAUUAAUGGCCGAGGCCGGAGAAUCCUCGAGCGGAAAAAAGACGAGCAAGGUUCCGAAAGGAUACCUUGCUGUCGACGUUGGACCGCAGUUCAGAAGGUUUGUGAUUCCAAUAAGUUUUUUGAGCAUGCCUGAGAUGAAGAAUUUGAUGGAUAUUGUUGCUGAGGAAUUUGGUCCUGAUUAUCAUGCUGAAGGUGCUCUCCAUAUUCCAUGUGAUGAAGAUUAUUUUAGCAAUGUUCUCAUUAAUUGUUAUGCAACACAACGAAGCGUAUCUUCUAAGAAAAAUAAGAUCACACUUGGUUCUAAGAUUCCCUUAAUUUACACUCAUUAAUUUAUUCA